AUGACUGUUUCUAAGCUGAGACCAGUCAUAGCAUCCCGCAAAUCUUUCCCACCAUGGAUGAUCAUCCUCGGUGUGCUUGGAGUGCUGGCCAUCCUUGGGCUAAUUAUUGGACUCUUAGUUCACUUCCUGGCAGUAGAAAACAAGAUCUACUACUAUCAAGGUAGUUUUAAAGUUCUGAAUAUUCCAUAUGACAGAAAUUAUGAAAGAGAGACAUCACUAGAAAGUAACUACCUCAGUAAAAUCCUCGAGAUUAAAAUGGUUGAUGCCUUUGAGAGUUCUAACAUUUAUAAACAAUAUAUCAACUCUCAGAUCAUCACAUUGGUUCCUGAAAACAACAGCGUGACAGCACAUAUAUGGCUGGUGUUUAAGGACCCCUGGUCAAACAAGGAAAACCUAAGAAGAAGAAUUGAAAGCAUCUUACAUCAGAUGCUGGAGAACAACUCGGGAUCCUUGACUACAGAUCCUGGGUCUCUGAAGCUCACGGAAAUCACUAAAGUUGAUGCUGAGAAGAUUAUCAACAACCGCUGCGGGAGACGGCCAAGAAUGUCGGCAACCUAUGACAGAAUCACGGGAGGCUCCACGGCUCAGAAAGGAGAAUGGCCUUGGCAAGCGAGUCUCAGGGUGAAUGGCAAACACCACUGUGGAGCAUCUCUCAUUGGCGAAAGAUUCCUGCUAACAGCAGCGCAUUGCUUUCUAAGGACAAAUAAUCCAAAGAACUUAACUGUUAGCUUUGGCACUAGAGUAACUCCAGCCUACAUGCAGCAUUAUGUUGAAGAAGUUAUUAUCCAUGAAGAUUAUGUUAAGGGGCAGCAUCAUGAUGAUGUCGCAAUUAUAAAGCUCACUGAAAAAGUUUCAUUCAGGAAUGACGUACAUCGGGUUUGCCUCCCGGAAGCCACACAGGUUUUCCCACCAGGGGAAGGGGUCGUUGUUACAGGAUGGGGAUCACUUUCUUACAAUGGUAAAUCCCCACUGUUACUUCAGAAAGCAUCCAUUAAAAUUAUCGAUACAAAUGCUUGCAAUUCUGAAGAAGCUUAUGGAGGCAGGAUAAUGGACACAAUGCUCUGCGCUGGUUACAUGGAAGGCUAUGUCGAUGCUUGCCAGGGUGACUCUGGAGGACCCCUAGUUCAUCCCAAUUCUCGAGAUAUUUGGUACCUUGUUGGGAUAGUGAGCUGGGGACAUGAAUGUGGCAGAGUCAACAAGCCAGGGGUCUAUAUGAGAGUGACUUCCUACCGUGACUGGAUUGCCUCCAAGACUGGUAUCUAGUAGAAAAAUCAUCUUCUAAUAAUGAGUGCAGAUCGUAUUGCCUGGUACUCUAUCAUGGAACACCCAUUUCUUUAUUUUUUUUCCAUUUUAUGUGAGUUUUUGCAUAUGUGUGGGUAAAUGUGUGUUUGCGCUCACAUAUGGAAGUGUGCAUGUAAGUAGAGGCUUAAGUUGAUGUUAAGAAUCAUCCUCAAUAAUUUCAAUGAGACAGGAUCUUGGUCAAACCAAGAGCUCUCAGAUAUAUACUGCCUUACAAGUCAGGUUGCUGUUAGAACAGCCAGAAUACAGCAAAUACAGAGGUGAAUGCCAGCAGCAAACCACUGAACUGAGAAUAGGACCCCCGUUGAAGGAAUCAGAGAAAGGACUGAAAGAGCUUGAAGGGGCUUGAGACCCCAAAAGUACAACAAUGCCAAGCAACCAGAGCUUCCAGGGACUAAGCCACUACCUAAAGACUAUACAUGGACUGACCCUGGACUCUGACCCCAUAGGUAGCAAUGAAUAUCCUAGUAAGAGCACCAGUGGAAGGGGAAGCCCUGGGUCCUGCCAAGACUGACCCCCCAGUGAACGUGAUUGUUGGGGGGAGGGCGGUAAUGGGGGGAGGAUGGGGAGGGGAACACCCAUAUAAAAGGGAAGGGGGGGUGAGGGGGAUGUUGGCCCGGAAACGGGGAAGGGGAAUAACAAUCAAAAUGUAAAUAAGAAAUACUCAAGUUAAUAAAGAUGAAAAAAAAAAAGAACUGCCUAUUUCUGUCUUCUAAGGACAGAAGUACAGACAGGCUUCUAUGCCUGUCAGGUAUUUGUGAGCAUCCUGGGGCUCCCAUUUCUAGUCCUUAGGUUUUCUUGCUUAAUCACUGAGCAAGCCCUCAGCUGACUUUAAACAUUACUAUUUUGUGUAUAUGGGUGUUUUUUUCCUGCCCCACAUACAUGCCUAGAGGUCAGAAGAGGAUGCUGAAUCCUCUGGGACUGGAGUUACAGACAGUAUGAGCCACCCUAUGGGUGCUGGGAAUUGAACCUAGGUCUGUUGGAAGAACAGCUGGGCCUCUUCACCGUAGAGCCAUUCCCACUGAUUACUUUACAUACUUUUUAAAUGUGUAUAAUGGUUAUUUUGAAAGAAUUAUAGCCCUAAGGGAAUAUUUGUAAACUUUUAAGCAAACUAAACAAGACAAAAUGAGAGACCCCUGAAUUUCUUGGUUCAGAAAACCCUUAGCCAAGAAAGUGCUUCCACCAAAAUGCUGGUGAAAUACUAUUUGUGUCCUACUUUAUCAGCCUACAUUAUUGCUAUUUCAGUGCACAAGGUUCUUGGUUUUUAUCAUAUAGAUUUUGUAAAACUGUGGAAGCAUAGCAUUGACUGUGGUGAUUUAUGAGACUGUCUGAGGGGAGAGGAGUAACUCCCAAAGGUUGGGUUGAAACAUGCUGGACUUUCAUGUCAGAGCUUUGUAGAAAGCUGUGAUUGUGACCUGACCUACUCUGAAAACAGGUAUUGAAUUGCAACCUCUUGUUACUGAGGCCUUCACCAGGUCUGCAAUCAUUCUGAGUUUCCCACCACCAAUAAAACCAGACAUGUUUUAAGUUACAGAGAAUAAGUACAGUAAUUCUUCAGCAUAGGUACAGAUUUUUGUGGAAAUUCUCUAUGUGUAAUAUAUUUUUUUAAAAAUGACCUGAACUCAGUAAAAAUGUAUGGUAUAUCCUAAUUAAAGCAAAGGAAUAUCUUUAUAUCUAGUAACAGUUUGUUUGUUUGAUUGAUUGAUUGCAUGUUUACUUAAUAGACUUAUUAUUAAAUAUGCUAGCUCUUCUUUCCUCCCACAGGGGGAUGAGGUCAGUGUUUCUAUUCUUACUCGAAGGUGAGCACACUAGCUCACAUUGGAAUCCUCCAGUCUGCAGAGCUUCCUAAUGUGGUCCUUCAUCUUCCUGAUGAGUUUCAGCUCUCCUAAUUGAUCUGAGAAUUGAUUCUUCAUGAAGCUGCAGAGGUGGGAGUCAGAGCCUUAGAGACCAGAUCAUACAGAUACCAAAGCUGACUUCAGGCUCAUCCCCAAAGCCUCUGACCUUCAGAAGGCUACUGUUCCCCUUGGGAUUGAUCUGGUUAUACAUUCUCAAUACAUCCCAGGCAUUCUGGCAUUCCUUUGACAAUUCAAGAGAGUCCCCUGAUUUCCUGUGCCCAGCAUCCUGGUGGAAAUAAGAACCCAGAGAAAGUCUGUAAGAAAGGCCUGGGGAUGGGGUGAUGGUGAUGGAAUAAUGGGAUACCCUGAGCUUGUCAUCAGCAGAGUCAGCCAUAUACAAUGGCAUUUGUGGGUGUUGGAAGAGAGAUGAGGCGGGGCCUAUGGUGUUUCUAGAAGCAGCAGUGGGAUCAGGGAGCGAUAGGUAUGAUGUGUCUGUAGGAAGAUGCUUUGCAACAGAAAAUGUUAAUAACCAGGCCAUCUAGUGCCUCCGUUCCUAGAAGUGAGCCCAGUACAUUUUAUAUGAGGCACAAGUCUCUACAGUCAAGUGACUUCAAUCUAGUAAUCACCCUUAAAAUUUUUAAUCAGCAUUUUCUGAAAUCUUCAUCUAUCGACUUCAUAACUCUUUUUAAGAUUUUAACAUUUUAUUAAACGUUUAGCAACUUACACUAGUUUUAGAAGAGAUUUUUUUUCCAUAAAGUAUGUGCUAACCACAUGGACUGACCCUGGACUCUGACCUCAUAGGUAGCAAUGAAUAUCCUAGUAAGAGCACCAGUGGAAGGGGAAGCCCUGGGUCCUGCUAAGACUGAACCCCCAGUGAACUAGACUGUUGGGGGGAGGGUGGCAAUGGGGGGAGGGUGGGGAGGGAAACACCCAUAAGGAAGGGGGGGAGGGGGAUGUUUGCCAGGAAACCGGGAAAGGGAAUAACACUCGAAAUGUAUAUAAGAAAUACUCAAGUUAAUAAAAAAAAAAGAAAAGAAAAAAAAAAAAGAAAGCUUUAAAUGCAGGAUCUAUCAGGAAAAAAAAAUAUGUGCUAACCAAAUAAUUUUCCACUGUGCUUGUAUAUUGAUAGGCCUGUAGGAGAAAAUAUUUUAUCCAAUUUUCUUUUUUCCUAAACAUUGGUUUUAUACUACCUGGAAUUAACAAUUUUCUAUGUUAUUAAAUAUCUUGAAUCUGUACAUGUCAUAUGUAGCCACACUAUGUACUUGUUACACUUGUUAUAAAGUUUAAUAAAUUAAACUCUUUAAACU